CAUAGAGUGGACUAUCCUCUUGCUUGGCAGCGUUAUGCUGACCCUGUCCUACGCAGAGAACGAUGUCAUACUCAUGGACGACUUCUCGCCUACUGAGUUCACAGGCACAUGGUAUGUCUUACAAAGGACGGACCGCAUCUACAAUGACACCGCCUCCUGCAUCAAGAUUGAUAUCAAGCACACGGACGGACAGAUCUACGAAAUAAGGGCCCAGUACAAGGGUCCUGAAGGCCAAAAACGGGAGAAGACGUUGACCAUUGUGGAUGAUGCGGAUCAUCCAGCUCAAUUCUACUUCGUGGAUGAUGAUCAAAGGAAUAUUGCCAUGAGCGUCCUGGGAACGGAUUAUAAGAACUGGGGCUUCUGCUACGGUUACAUGACAGAAGGAGCCAAGACGUAUGGUGUCGUGUCACGUCAGAUGGAGUUACCCCCAGACUGCGUGGACGAGAUGAAAAGCGUCGUGGACAAAAACGGCGUCGUCCUUCCGUUCAGUGCUGUCCCGCAAGAUAACUGCUGAACGUGUACACCACGUGUACUGUUAAACGCUGAACUGCUGACCGCGUACAAAAUAAAGAAAAUCGUUUCU